CAACGUCCCAUCUUCUCACGCUCGUUCCCUACUUUCGGGCUCAUAACCGAUUAUUUGCCUUCAUCAUCGGCCUCUUCCAAAAAUCUUUCGUACCAACAGCAUUGUCAUUUCAAACCCCCAGUCCCUUCCCCUCUUCCUGCUCGUGCGGCUGCUUGGUAGUGCGACUGCUGUCCGUUCGCUCCAAUCGCAGCCAUGACCCAGCAGGCUUUAAUCCUCGACACGAUCCUUGGCAUGAAAAGGGCCUUGCACAAGGAAAAUGACUAUUCCGGCCCUGACGACCCCAUCACCCAACCGACAAAUCGAGGCAACAAGCUUCGGGCAAACGCGAAAUUCGUCCGAGAGGGAGCACUAGGAUACAUUCAUCCGGAGGAUCUCUACAAGCAGAAAAUCGAACAUGGAGGGUUCACGCGCUACAUCCUUCAGCGAAAUCCGGUGCGCUACGAUUCGGAAGGUGAUGAGCUUGACGACGACGACGAAGAUUCUGAGGCAGAUGCUGCGGCGGCGGAAGAGAAUCCAUUCUCUGAGAUCGCGCUCGAAAAUUUCAUGUGCCCGUUGAAGCAUCCUUCUGAACUCCCGACUCAUCCUUCCAUGGCGCAUGCCUAUACUUCGAAAGCACUGCUGCACAUGACACAGGCGAUUGAAGCCAAACUUCGCCAGGAAAGAGCAUUGUUAUGGCGGGCGAGAAAUCUGCACAGGCAGUUCUUGGGCGAUAGUUCUUGGAUGGCGUGCGGUAUGGUUGAGACGUCGGCGGAUCGCUGGAUCUUCGAGCCCCGAUUGGCUCGCAGUACGCAUAGUCCAUCGUUGAACCAGAGCGGACCGAACGGCACGGCUGCACCACUACCGACAAGCAAACCUACAACGCAAAAUGAUGGCGCACAGGAAACCUCGUCGGUCACAGAAGCAUCACAACCGUCUCAUGUUGCUCAGAAUGAGACCUCGAAGUCUCAGCCUGCUGCUGAUGAAGACGUGGAGAUGGCCGAUGCUCAAGAUCACCGCACGAACCAGGUGCAUCAUCUCCCAAAGCUCGACCAGACUAGGGAGCCCAAAUCGGAGGAAGUCGACACGCCCGUUGGCGACCUGCCACAUCACUCGGAAACAACCAAGCAAGAAACACAGGUCAAUGGCAAUCACCUUGCGAACAGCACCAAGGCAGUUGAAGAUAGGCUGCCUGAUUCCGAUGGCACUCUUGACCGGGAAGGGAAGGCAGACCCGAACAGUAAUGGUACUACCAGUGUUACACAGCCAGACCCCGAACAUCGACCUGAAGCUGCGGGCGACGACAAAGAUAAGGACGCAGAGAUGCAGGAUGAUGGAAUAACGCCGGAGCCCCCUCGACGCAUGACAACACGUGCGCAGACCAACGCUGCCAAUCCUCAACAGGACGAUGAGUCGGGGCCCCUCUCCCCUGCCCCAUCCGACGACACUCUGGGCAGUCUACCCACCCCCCAUCCACUGUUCCUCAUCCCCGAAUCCGUCCGACCAGACCCUAAUUUCGGCCUACCCCCUAACGAAGCCGAAGAUACCCGCCGAAUGUUAUGGUCCUAUGUUCAGAAGCAAGAGGAGACCGUCCGCGGCUUUGAGCACAUGUUGGACUGCCUUCUCCGCGCGUGCCGCAUGAAGGAAGAUGUACUUGAAUGGUGCAAAGCCGAAGGCCACGUCGGCGAACUCAGCGAUGGCGAAGACUGGUACGAUCGUGAGAAAUGGGGUCUGGCCGAAGGAGAGGACCUCAAGAAGGGCGCGGACGAAGACGACAUUGAGCCUGUCGAAGAAAGUCGGACGUCGAACAAGCGAGGCAGAGGUCGACGAGCUUAGCCUCUGUCUUCUCGUCUAUUUGCUCUUUUUUCUCUCACGGCCGACCUCUUCUUUUUUCUUUUUCCCUUGUCGCUCAUCUACGAAUGCAGGCAUCGAUUCUUAUCUUAAUGCCAUCUUAGAGAACCCAUAGCGCGGAGUUGGCGGUGUUCAACCCUUCUGAGGCACUGAUUAUCCAUGACAUGAUUCUGGACUGAAUGAUGACCAAGCCCUCUUCCUUGCUUCCUGUUCCAUUUCUCUGGAAAGUUUGCAUGUAGCGCACAAGCACACUGCAUACACACACCACAUACAUACACACACUUGAUACCCACCCCCCAAUUUACCUACGCUCCUAUCAUAUAUCCAAUUAUUUUGUACAGAGAACAACAAUCACUUAGUAGUGUACGGGCACAUACUCCAUCAAUGCGAUCUAUACAUCAAUAACCAUGAGAUCUAAAUCGAAG